UCCAAUCACAGACGUUUGUAUACAUCGGUCUUUUCUGUCUGGUGGUUCGCUGAUGUGGUUUUUAAGAAGUUAGCUUGUAAACCUCACAGGCCAAUUUAACCAGUUUUUCUCUUUGAUUUUAGUUCUUAUUCACACGGAUUAUGCCUUAUUAUCAAACAUGGGAAGAGUUCGCUCGUGCAGCAGAAAAACUAUAUUUGACAGAUCCAAUGAAGGUCCGGGUGGUUCUCAAAUACAGACACUGUGAUGGUAACCUUUGCAUCAAAGUCACCGAUGAUGCAGUGUGUUUACAAUACAAGACGGACCAGGCCCAGGACGUGAAGAAGAUAGAGAAACUGCAUGGCAAACUGAUGAGGCUUAUGGUGUCCAAGGAAAGUGGUGCCAUGGAAAUGGACUGAACACCCUUACACAUAGUUGUAUUAACUCUUCUUUGAGUCUAGACUGUGGUGUCAAUAGCACAAAACGGAAGAGAACGGAGCUGGAAUGACGACAUUGGAUCAUGAGAGGGGAAAUCAAAAAUGAAAAUGGAGAGCAUAACCUUCGCUGCUCUAAAGAGGGAUUUGCUGAACCUCUUUUAAAAGAGCUUUUAUUUAUUUUCAGUUUUAAGAUGGACUAAAAACAGAUGGAGAGACGCAUGUCUAUUUAUGUAUGUUUUUUUUCACAUCUGGAAACGUUCAUGAACAUGUUUAAGUGAACAUGAAUGAAGCAUGACCUUUUUGAUAUUCGCACAUGCUAUUUUAGUGGAAGAAACAUGCCUCCAAUGUAAUUUAGUCAACUCUAGAAAAUAAUUGCAUUACUCAAUAAAUGUUUAUAUACCCCCAUAACAGCCAACAUCUCUCA